UAUUGAAGUUAAUGACGGAAUUUGGUGCAUCACGCACGGGUUCAGCCAUCGAGUAGAAAACCGAGGAACUACCACAAUUAUUUGUUCCCGAAAUCCAGGGUUUAAUAAUUCUUUCUAAAUUCCUACCUGCUUUGUGGAUGAGAUUGGCAAUCGAACGCCAAGAUUUAUCACGGCUAAGAUCGUGAGUCACCUCGUACUUCAAAACCGACGAUAAAACGAUAAACGAUGAAACACCACGGAAAACCCUUUAAAGAAAACAUAACUUCUACCAAACUCAAAGACAUCCCUCUGCUAAACACGAGCCAGGCAAUUGACCGGGUGGAAACGACGCAAGCCGAACAACAUACAUAAUAGGCCAUGUCACUGCCCAUCGAACCCCAGACGUGGACCCAAGAUGCGUUCAUCGUAUCGACGGACAAAACCCUCCUUUCGGUAUCAGCCAUCAACGCCGUAUUCGACCGUGACUUCAUGUACUGGACAAAAAGCUACCCCGAGGAUAUCCUGAAACAGAUCAUUGACAGUUCAUUCUGCUUCGGAGUGUACGAAGUUCAAUCAAACAUCAGCGAUCCGAAUGACAAAAGGAACAAAACCACAACCACUGAUCCAAAAAGCCCAAAAGAUACUUUAGUCCAGGUUGGAUUCGCGCGCCUUAUCACGGACAAUGUCACAUUUGCCUAUUUGACCGACUUGUACAUCCUUCCCGAAUACCAGGGCCAUGGUCUUGGGGGCUGGCUGAUUGAUUGUGUGGAUGAGUUGUUGCGACCGCUGCCGCACUUGAGGUGGUUUAUGUUGCGGACGUCGGCGGAGAAGAGCAAGCAGGCGUAUGAGAAGCGGUUAGAGAUGAGCGUUUUGGAUACGAGCUGUGUUCGCGAGGGAGGAAUUAUGAUGGGGAGGAAGGGAAAGGCGAAUAUGGCUUGAUUCCAGGGAAUUCUCGGAGCCCAGUCCCUGAG